UGAGCCAGGGCAUUUUAAUGGCUGUGUUUUGUUGUAGGAAGGUGUUGUCUGGUUUGUUAGUGUCUGAUCUGUUUCUGCCUGGGCUUGGUAUUAAAGUACAGAGAGAGGGAGAGGCUGUGUGUGUCACAAGGAGGAGUCCCAUGUAAGAUGAGGCUAUAGAUGAAGUGGUUGGACAUUGAUCAGGGUUUAUAGAGUAGGUGGAAAAUGCAACAGGAGUUUUGUCGUCUUGGAUGUCUCUACAGUCCCUACUGUCUCUACAGCCUUCUGACUGGAAGACGUUGCAUCGAAAGUGCCUGAAGACCAAGACUCUGCUGCAGACUCCCAAAACCUCCUCACGUCCUCUCUGCCAAAUCUAGGAUCAUGUCGGGCGCCUAUGACGAGUCGGUCAGCCAGGAGGAUGGCACAGACAGCUUCUGGGAGGUGGGAAACUAUAAGCGUGCUGUGAAGCGGAUUGAUGAUGGCCACCGGCUCUGCAAUGACCUGAUGAACUGUAUACAAGAGCGAGCCAAAAUCGAGAAGGCCUACAGCCAGCAGCUGACCGACUGGUCUAAGAGAUGGAGACAGCUGGUGGAUAAAGGGCCCCAGUAUGGCAGUGUGGAGAGGGCCUGGGUGGCAAUGAUGACCGAGGCUGAGAAGGUGAGUGAGCUGCACCAGGAUGUGAAGAACGGACUGCUCAACAAUGACUUUGAGAAGGUGAAGAACUGGCAGAAGGACUCCUACCACAAACAGAUGAUGGGAGGAUUCAAGGAAACCAAAGAGGCAGAGGAGGGCUUCAAGAAGGCCCAGAAACCAUGGGCCAAGAAGCUCAAGGAGCUUGAGACUGCCAAGAAGACGUACCACCUGGCGUGUAAGGAGGAGAAGGUGGCGUCCAGCAGAGAGGCCAACAGCAAGGCAGACACCUCAGUCACAGCCGACCAGCAGAAGAAGCUCCUGGACAAGGUGGACAAGUGCAAGCAGGACUCUCAGAAGGCUAAGGAGAAGUAUGAGAAGACUCUGGAUGAGCUGAGGAAGUGUACGCCCCAGUACAUGGAGAACAUGGAGACAGUGUUUGACACGUGUCAGCAGUUUGAGGAGAAGAGACUGAGCUUCCUCAGGGAGGUGCUGCUGGACAUCAAACGACACCUCAACCUCACCGAGAACCAAAGUUACGCCACAGUGUACAGAGACCUGGAACACACCAUCACCUCUGCCAGUGCACAAGAUGACCUGAAGUGGUUCAGCAACAACCACGGCCCUGGUAUGCAUAUGAACUGGCCCCAGUUUGAGGAGUACAAUCCAGAGCUCACUCACAUGAUCAGCAAACGAGAGAAGUCGAAGAAAGGGGCAGACGGUAUAAUGCUGACUAGCGUGACAGCAGCACCCAACCAUGUGGCAGCACCCAACCAUGUGGCAGCACCCAACCAUGUGGCAGCACCCAACCAUGUGGCAGCACCCAACCAUGUGGCAGCACCCAACCAUGUGGCAGCACCGGCUGGAGACAGGGGCAGUGUCAGCAGCUCUGAUAAGAACCAGGCCUACUCCUCCCAGGACCAGUCGGCAGAGUGGUCAGACGAUGAGCAGGCCGCACCAAACUCAGGCUCAGACACCAAUGGGGGUGGAGCCAACCCCUUUGAGGAUGAGUCAGCGAAGGGCGUACGGGUGAGGGCGCUGUACGACUACGACGGGCAGGAACAGGAUGAACUCACCUUUAAAGCAGAAAACAAACAAUAGCAACAUCCACGGCCCUGGCAUGCAUAUGAACUGGCAUCAGUUUGAGGAGACGAGCUAACUAAACUAGAAGACGAGGAUGAGCAGGGCUGGUGUAAAGGCCUGUUGGACAGUGGCAAGUUGGGUUUAUAUCCUGCUAAUUACGUAGAGCCCAUCUAGUUGGGUUUAUAUCCUGCUGAUUACGUAGAGCCCAUUUUGUUGGGCUUAUAUCCUGCUAAUUACGUAGAGCCCAUCUAGUUGCUUGGGUCACCCAGACUGAACCGUCCAAUCAUACUGCACAUUGCCAGAGACUUCAAAGCAACGCUUCCCUGUUCCCCCUCUCUGCCUGACCAACCAACACACUGACUGAGCAGUCUUUAUUUAAACACUCCCCUAGGAUCCACAUCAGAGAAACACAGCACCAACAUAACCAACACAUAUCAGCUACAACACUGGGAUUGUUACCACAGUCAAACCAUGGCAGUAUGUGUGUACCAACAACAACUCCUACGAGCGCAGGAAAAACAUUCUGCCGUGUUCUAUUCCAAUGUUGUGCUGUGGUUGUGAUGAAAUUUACCUGGCAGUAUGGAAGUAUGUUCCCUCGUAACACUAGUGAUAUGGUAUAGUCAAUGGUGCCUGCUUAGCCAGAAUAAGCUAUGCACUGUGCAUUGUAAAUAUUAGCAGAUUCUUUUUGCAACCUGGAUGCUAUGCGAAACUGUACAGUCCUGUUUUUUUGUUUUUUUUGCAUCUGUCAUUCCAUGUAAGGUUUUAAAUAUGCUGUACAGUACAACAGAUUCUCACUCUUUUUCUAUCUUUUCUAUGUGAGUUGCUCCUGUGUUGAGUGUUUUUCCCCCUGAAGUCCCCCUGAGCAACAGCAGCAGCAUGUCCUACUGGAUCACAAUAAUGACAUUUAGCUGAUCCUUGACAAAUCACUGUCGAGCGGAGCAGAGCAGUACUACACUGUCGAGCGGAGCAGAGCAGUACUACACUGUCGAGCGGAGCAGAGCAGUACUACACUGUCGAGCGGAGCAUAGCAGUACUACACUGUCGAGCAGAGCAGAGCAGUACUACACUGUCGAGCGGAGCAGAGCAGUACUACACUGUUGAGCGGUGUCGAGCAGAGCAGAGCAGUACUACACUGUCGAGCGGAGCAGAGCAGUACUACACUGUCGCGGCGGAGCAGAGCAGUACUACACUGUCGAGCGGAGCAGAGCAGUACUACACUGUCGAGCGGAGCAGAGCAGUACUACACUGUCGAGCGGAGCAGAGCAGUACUACACUGUCGAGCGGAGCGGAGCAGUACUACACUGUCGAGCGGAGCGGAGCAGUACUACACUGUCGAGCGGAGCGGAGCAGUACUACACUGUCGAGCGGAGCAGUACUACACUGUCGAGCGGAGCGGAGCAGUACUACACUGUCGAGCGGAGCGGAGCAGUACUACACUGUCGAGCGGAGCGGAGCAGUACUACACUGUCGAGCGGAGCGGAGCAGUACUACACUGUCGAGCGGAGCGGAGCAGUACUACACUGUCGAGCGGAGCAGAGCAGUACUACACUGUCGAGCGGAGCGGAGCAGUACUACACUGUCGAGCGGAGCGGAGCAGUACUACACUGUCGAGCGGAGCGGAGCAGUACUACACUGUCGAGCGGAGCGGAGCAGUACUACACUGUCGAGCGGAGCGGAGUAGUACUACACUGUCGAGCGGAGCGGAGCAGUACUACACUGUCGAGCAGAGCAGAGCAGUACUACACUGUCGAGCGGUGUCGAGCAGAGCAGAGCAGUACUACACUGUCGAGCGGAGCAGAGCAGUACUACACUGUCGAGCGGAGCAGAGCAGUACUACACUGUCGAGCCUUGUUCAGUGUAACGGUAGACAACAGUGUUUCUCUACACACCGUUGUACCAGGGACUGGUAAGCUUGGAUGCCUGUUUAUGUUGAAAACCUGCUCUCAAGAUCAGAUGAAAUCAGUGUCUGUGACGCACUCAGGCGUAGUGGGUGCAGAGUCAGGCGCAGGAGGCAGAAGGUACAGAAUAGUGCUUUUAUUUAGGCACAGUGAAAAUCGUACGCGCCAAAUACCGGGAACACAUCCACGAUUGGCCCAAAAACAGGACCUAACUAGUCUGGAGAAAAACCCAAAACGAAACACACUACCACACAUAAACACAGUGGAAAAAUAAGCCCGCACAAAGAGCAGGCAGGCCUUACCGGCUUAAAUAGCCCAACUAAAAACAUAAACAAGAAACGGGUGAAACCAAUAAGACAAAACCAACAGAAAAGGGAAAAGGGAUCGGCGGCAGCUAGUAGACCGGUGACGACGACCGCCGAGCGCUGCCCGAACAGGAACAGGAGCCACCUUCGGUAGGAGUCGUGACAGUGUCAGUCAGAUAACCACCUGAUGGACCACUCAGCAAUGUCCCAGGGACCGGUUCCCAUCGGACCAUGGAUCCAGGGAAUGACUGGUAUAGAAUACAUACCUUCCCCAAGGCAGCAUUGAGUUGUAGUACCUCUGACCAUGUCCCUCAUGUGCCUGUCAUUUCCUGUGUAAUUUCUUGACCCCACUGCUUUCUGGACUCAUUACUUCUAGUACCUCUGACCAUGUGUUGGGUUUAGGUGGGAGAGCAUGUGAACAACAACCCCUUCCUUUUUUCUGGUUACAUGUUUACAGCAGUGGCUUCUUCGAAGGGUCAGGGUUCAAACAUUAAUUAGCCUAAAGGUUCAGCACAAAUACAACAUUGAUCCAAAACCACCCUACUCCAUCAAUGGUGAAACGGGAAUUUUUUUAUUUUAAUUUUACCUUUAUUUAACUAGGCAAGUCAGUUAAGAACAAAUUAUUAUUUUCAAUGACGGCCUAGGAACAGUGGAUUAACUGCCUGUUCAGGGGCAGAAAUAGGCUUGUCAUCAGAAAUGGACUGUCCCUGACCAAAUUAAAGUAGCCAAAGAAAUGUGGGAAUAUGAGCUAAUUCUGGGAAUUUGCUGUAUGGAUGAUCACUUUUACAGUAACAACCCAACGAGAGCCCCACUUCCCCAUGGGAGAUACUAGAUCCUGUCUCCUCUCGCUCAACACUGUAACCAUAACUGUUUUUGUUGCCAUGGCUUCAGUUUAUUAUACAACUUCUAUGUCCUGUCUUUUUUCUGAAUGAAAAUGAUAAGUCACCUUUACUGUGUCCCGGCUCAGUCUCCACCUUGCGAUCUCUGAUCUAACAGUCAUUGCAUGCUCGAUCACCAUAAAUAAGCAUUGAAUUCUACUGUGAGCUUACUGUACAAAUUGACCAAAUUGAACUAACUUUGUUCAUGUUUUUAUCCUGUCUGUUGAAUCCUAAACAUAAUCUUAUGAAAACUGAUGCCAAUGAUUUUGGUCUCUUAACUGGCAAAAUUUAGACAAAUCAGUAUAUUCAAUGUUUUUUAACAUCUCCAAAUAAUUGGGAGAAUUUGAAUCUAUGCAGCACAAAAUCCUGUUAAAUCUCAAUCCUUGUAUUUUGAGCUAGUGAAUCCAGAAUCUUCAGCAGAGAUUAUACUUGUAAUAUGUGUGACUGUUAUAUGACACAGCUGUUGUGUUCGUUUCCUUAGCAACCCUGGGAGAUAGUGAAGGCUAUAAUACCCUGAUUGCUCUCUCAACACAAGAGGUGUGUACUCUUACUGACAUGGGGACAAAAAGCUACAGUACAAAGUGCACUGAAGAAAAAGGCAGAAAGCGGAGCCUCCACUGAAAUAUUGAUGAGGAAACUGAAUUUUCUGCUGCUAGAAGUUUAUUCUGGAGAUCUGGGAUAUAUAGCUGUGGGGGGACAUUUUGGGACUGUACACAUCCGAUUGUGGGAUAAAACACAGCUCUCAAAAUGAGUGUUGUGGCAGCGCAAGCUCUGAAACACAAGCCUAGCUAACUCCGUAAAUGCUUUACCUGAGCCACCACUCAUACUCACAACACACAGUGAGAGAAAGAGAGCAUGCAUAUUUAACGAUGCAUUUACCUUGCAUUUUACCUCGUUUUGCGUACUGUAUGUAGGGGAACCAGUGGUCGGACAUGUGGGAAAUCCCUAGUGGUCUAGAAGUCUGUCUGUUUAGAAUAAUAGCUAUUUACUCUACAAACUGUAGUGCCUGUUCAUCUGCAUACAACAAAAUAAAAUUCUUCAUCAAAACAUUGA